AUGAUGCUAUCACUCCCUCUGAAGGACCUUUUCAGCAGUCAGGCAACGAAGUUCCUGCAGUUGGCUCAAGUCACCUCUCCGGACUUGAACGGUCGUGUCAUCCUUCUCCCAGGUGAAGACUAUCUUCUCUCUACUAGCCUUCUGGAUCAGUUUGGCCUUUGCAUGCACGCAGCCCUCAAUAUUUUUAUCUGUAUAGGCUGCAAGAAGCCUCUCACUGUGGCUAUGGUCCCUGGCCAUCGCAGGACUCACCACCACCAAUCUCUUGCCCCGAAACAGUUGGAAUCGUUGGAUGAAUUCGUCCUCAAAAACAAAAUCUACCUGCGACAGGAAGACAUUAAGAUUCCGGCCCACCAAGGUCCUCCGGUUCAACUCAUAGCCCCUCCGCGUAAAGGCUCGGUAUGCAUGGAGUCCGCUGAUUGUCAUUAUGCAGCCUCCAGCAUUCCCACCAUGGUAAACCAUGGGAGACUGGUCCAUAGAGUAUUCAAGGACACCAUGAGCUACAAGGAAGCCUUCAUCCAACAGCUCUUUGGGUCUGUAGGCCGAGUCUACUUUGUAGUCGUCCAGCCUUCCCCUUCUGGACAAGCCAUCAAUAUCAGAGACGUCUUAGCUAAUUCCUUCCCAUGCUCCCUUGACAUUCCAGCAGUCCCGUGCAAUAUAGUCCCUGAUGAGGAGCAAAGGUCCCUCCUUAAAGUCAUGGCCUGGGAUUGCUUCAUGCAGAAUGUUCACUGCGAGAAAUUGCAGGUCAAAAUCUUGGAGAUCCUCAAGGGUCAGCAUCGCCCAGAAGAAUUUCGUGGUCUUUUCACCAACAUGGACUCCCUUGUGAAGACCUACUUUCACAUAGCGCCAGAGCUCCUGGAGGGUAAUCCCCAGAGAUUCACUAUCUGCAAACUUCUCUUACAUGGCGAUGAUGUCAGGAAGAAUUCAGAUCACUGGUGUCCAAUCUCUAACAAAAACACUUCUUACAGCGAGUUGAUCAUCCAGUUUUUGCGGGCCAUUGUCCGUCUCUAUCUUACCCAGGACCAUCCUUCAGAGUUCUCCUUUGGUCUUCAUCCAAACCAGAUCAGUGCCUUGCAUGCCUUUCUGGUGUGCAUGGAUCAGAGUAACAGUGGCGAGGUCCUCAACUUAGGCAGUGACAGUAAUAGCAUGAAGGGGUUGCAUGAAUUUUUAUGGACCUUGAUGGAUGGCACUAGUGUCCAUGCUGAGGAGAACUGGGCAAAUGUCAUUGAGCGCUUCAUGUGGUUCAAGGCUCUGCGUUGGGAUGGUAACUUCUAUGAGUCAACAGACUUCACUCCAGACCUGGCAAGAUUGAAGUACUUCGUCAACAGCGCUUGCCUCAUCCACUCUCUGUGGUACCAGAAGGAUUCUCAGGUUCCCCAAUUUGAACAAAUCAUAAAGGUUCACAGGGAGGUCUUAGCCCUAGGACGUGCAACUACCUUUAACAUAUUAUUCGAGUAUCAGCAAUAUGCCUCCUCCUUAGCUUGGAAUCAGCAACGGGAGCCAAAGGUCUUCUUCAACCCUGACUUUGAGUGGAUCACUGUUGGACAAGAGACCUUGGACCUCUCUAAGUUUUUUCAAAGCAUUCAGACUCUUCUUGAACAGGUUGAGGAGAAGUACCUCCUGGUCACCCAAGGCCGCACCAUGCUGGAGGGGCUGCCCACCCACAUUACGGAUGAUAUGACUAACUCCAUCCGCGGUCAUUCUUUCGCCAGCGACAAACAAUUUGACUCCCUUAGGCUGGAACUUUUUUCUCACCUGGUUGAGAUCCAUCACUUGGCCAUGGUGGACGGAGAAGUUCGUCUCGCCUGGGAUCUGCCAGCAGUAAAGGACAUCCUUUGCCGUACAGGCGAGAUGUUGGAGUUCCUUGCCGGAGGGCUAAGGCGUGCAGAAUCUCUCCUGGCAUAUGUCGCUUACAGAGAAAAGGUCCAGCAUGAAUACAACAGCUUUCUUGUCAUGGACAACGGUCAUCGAAUCAGCUCUGAUGAGUGA